UAGCAUAUGGCAUACCAGAAGCAGAUUGUUUGUUUACGAAACUAAAUUUGUUUCGUUUGUUGUUACCUCUUUGCAAUGAGCUCCUCGCCGAAUUCUGAUGAAGAUAGAAAAAUGGAUUUCAAUCCCUUGCUCCUGGCAAGUGGCAAACGGAAAAGCGCAUUUCUACCGUACAAACCGUCCAAUACGGUGCUAACAAACCUGCAGCGCGGGAACACCGAAGCCAACAUUCCCAGUGAAAUAUGUCUUAACUUUCACGAAAAAACCGGACAAGGCGAGAUAACCGAGGAGCAGGUAAGGUCUGAACAUGCUGUCGAUGUUCCGGAUUCGAACCAAUUCACUCCUCUCCAUUGGGCUUGCUAUUACGGACAACUAGCCGCCGCUACUAUCCUGAUAAAGUGUGGAGCAGAUGUCAACAGACAGGCAGUUGAUAUGAUAACGCCCAUACUACUGGCCGGCGCAGGAGGUCACAAUGAGAUCGUUCGGCUUCUUCUGGAAAAGGGGGCUUCGAUAAAUCACAUGGACAUUGUGGGUAACACGGCACUCAUGUAUGCCGCAGCUGGUAAUCAUCCGCAUACCUGCAACGAACUUUUGAAUGGCGGUGCAAGUUUUACGGACACCAACGAGGACGGUGAAUCGGCUUAUUCAUUGGCAGUUAAAAACAAUGCGAAUUUGGCACAAGCCGUACUGGAAAAUCAUAUUACUGCUCUACUUAUGACGUGAUAUAUCAUUUCCCUCAACAACAAUUAUGUGAUAAAACCAAACCAAUAAAAACUGAAAAUUUGUGCAUAGCAAAAAUCUAGCAAUGGAAUCUGGGGAACCAAAA